UCAAAGGAACGGCCAUCUUUGAUGAGGGCAGAGCUCACGUUGCAUUGAAGACGAAACCUCGGGGAGGUCAGGCGCUGUCUUUCCUUCCCUCCUUGCUCCGUGGCUCCUCCACUCUUGCAAUCUGCCGGAGCCGGCGAGCAACAGCCUGUGGAGAAGCCAAGUCUGCUUCUUCCCAGGUUCUGUGGCCAAAUCUAUCACUGACUCGCCAGCCUAGGCACCCAGCCACCCCCAACCACUACCAUGGCAGAAGAUGCGGACAUGCGCAAUGAGCUGGAGGAGAUGCAGCGAAGGGCCGACCAGCUGGCCGAUGAGUCACUGGAAAGCACCCGUCGCAUGUUGCAGCUGGUUGAAGAGAGUAAAGAUGCUGGUAUCAGGACUUUGGUUAUGUUGGAUGAACAAGGAGAACAACUGGAUCGUGUCGAAGAAGGCAUGAACCAUAUCAACCAAGACAUGAAGGAGGCCGAGAAAAAUUUAAAAGAUUUAGGGAAAUGCUGUGGCCUUUUCAUAUGUCCUUGUAACAAGCUUAAAUCAAGUGAUGCUUACAAAAAAGCCUGGGGCAAUAAUCAGGAUGGAGUGGUGGCUAGCCAGCCUGCCCGUGUGGUGGAUGAACGGGAGCAGAUGGCCAUCAGUGGUGGCUUCAUCCGCAGGGUAACAAAUGAUGCCCGAGAAAAUGAAAUGGAUGAAAACCUGGAGCAGGUGAGCGGCAUCAUUGGCAACCUCCGUCACAUGGCCCUGGACAUGGGCAACGAGAUCGAUACGCAGAACCGCCAGAUCGACAGGAUCAUGGAAAAGGCUGAUUCCAACAAAACCAGAAUUGAUGAGGCCAACCAACGUGCUACAAAGAUGCUGGGAAGUGGUUAAAUGCCCUCAUCUCUGCUCUCCUCUGAAUGUUGUUGGGCAAGAGAGCUCCUUUCUGCUUUUUCAUGGUAUCACCCAGUAGGUCUUGCACACACACACACACAAACACACACACACACACACACAGAACACAUGCACUCACACACUCAUCACUUCACCUUCAUCAUAAAUGUCAUUCUUUGUCAACUGACAGCUUCCCAAUGAUACUAUGUGUCUUCUGUUCUCUCUUUCCAAAGGCUGUACAUAGUGGUCAUCUGGUGGCUGUAACUCCCUAUGUAAGAUAUCCUGGGUUUCAUUUUUCCUUUUUUCUUCUCAGUGGCGUUUGCUGAGUUACAACAAUUUAGGAAUGCUCAAUGUGCUGUUGAUCCUUUCAGUACACAGUAUUGUUCUUGUAAAACUGUGACAUUACACAGAGCUAUUGCCACUGUCCUUCCUUUAAGUGUCUGGCUCUGGAUCUCUCAAAAUGUGCUGUCUUUGUUUCCUCAUGGCUAUUACCUGUCUUUAUGAUUUCAUGAUUAGACAGCGUGGAAUUACAUAACAGGCAUUGCACAAAAAGUGAUGUGAUUUAUGCAUCCAUGCAUGAGAAAUAAAUAGAUUUUUAGAUUCCUAUGUAAACAAAAACUUUCCAUGACAGUAGCAUUCUGACAAACACAUACACACACACCCACACACACACCAAUGACAAUAACCAAACAACAGCAUGCUCAGUAUUGGGACACUGUCAAGAUUAAGUUAUACCAGCAAAACCUGCAGUAGUGUCACUUUCUGUCAACAUAUAGACAUACUAACCAUAAUCAUCCUUUUUUAAAAAAAAACAAUUUUAAAAAAAGAUGAAUUUGACAUACUUACCAUUUAACCAUUUCCAGCAAAAAUAUAUGUUUGGCUGAAACUAUGUGAAAUGGAUGUAAUAUAUGGUUUGCUGCUUUUGGAAGCUGUUUUGGAGACAACAAUCUUGCUGUGAUACAGUGUGGAGAUGUAAAUUUUAUAUAAGUGUCACUCUUGUAGAUCACCAUUUCCCCUGUGGCUCGUUAUCAGUACAAUUCUUUGUUGCUUAAUCUAGAGCUAUGCACACCAAAUUGCUGAGAUGUUUAGUAGCUGAUAAAGAAACUCUUAAAAAAUAAAUGAAUGAAAUAUAAACUGUGAGAUAAAUAUCAUUACAGCAUGUAAUAUUAAAUUCCUCCUGUCUCCUCUGUUGGUUUGUGAAGUGAUUGACAUUUUGUAGCUAGUUUAAAAUUAUUAAAAAUUAUAGAUCCUA